AUGCAGUUUAUUACAUAUUAUUAUUAUGAAAAGGAAAAGUUAGAAAAUUAUGAGUUUAAUGAAAAACUACAAGACAUUCAAACAAAAUUUGAAGAUAUAUAUCUUUAUACAUAUUAUCCUUUAUCAACUAUUGAAUAUUCAUCAAAUAAUAAUGAGAUAAUUGUUGAUACUGAAACUGAUACAUUAAUGUUCGAGGACCAUGUUGAUGAUUUUUUUAAAUAUGCAGUAAAACAAAUACAUGCUAGUAAAAAUGAUCUGCUUCAUGAAAUAAAACAAUAUUUGGAAAAACAAAUUGCCAUACGAACUACUAAUAUUUUUGAAUG